ACAGUAGUAGUGGAAAGUGAGUAGCCCAGAUUUAAACGUUCGCUUCAACCAAUUAGAAAGCUCCAAAACUACGGUGGCUGAAAGAAAGCCAAAAUUUUGGCAUAUGUUUGCUUAGAAUUCAAGUAGUAGUUGUUAGGUAUCCACUUGGUUGUAGAGUGCUUUCUUUUGUUGUGGUUUAUAGCCAAUCACAAAAUCAGCUCGCUUCUCCUUUUAGUCAUUAGAUUGGGUGAUUUUGUCACACGCAUAUUGUGAUGUGUGGAAAUGAAGAAUCCUUUUUGUCAGCCCUUGUAACUCUUCUUGUUGUUGGUGACUAUGCUUUCGUCCCCCAAAUUUGAUGAUCUGGGUCUCAUCCGAUUCUUCCAAAUCCUGCAGAUUCUUCAUCUGUUUCUGUCUGCAGUACAUAAGUGUCGAGGCGAAAGCCGAUAGCAGAAUUCAUGAUGGGCUGGCUAACCAAGAUCCUUAAAGGCCCCAGCCACAGAAUCUCAAAAGGGAAAUAUCAUGGGAAAUAUGAAGAUGAUACAAUCUGGGAAGGACCUCCGAUUUCAGCAGAUCAAUUGUCUGAUUUCGAUAAGGAAGAACUUGAUAGAGCAAUUGCACUUUCAAUUGCUGAAGUGGAUGGCAAAGAGAAAGGAAAAAAAGUUGUAGAUAGUGAUUCUCAGUUGGACGAAGAUGAGCAGCUUGCUAAGGCUCUGCAAGAAAGUUGGAAUGUGGAAUCCUCCCCUCAAUCAUCUCCACCCCGAUCACCUCCUCCUCAAUCACCUCCCCCUCGAUCACCUUCACCUCAAUCGCCUCCCCCACGAUCACCUUCACCUCAACCGCCUUCUCCUCGAUCACCUUCACCUCAACCACCUUCUCCUCAAUCACCUUCACCUCAAUCACCUCCACAUCAAUCACCUCCACCUCAAUCACCUCCAACUCGGUCACCUCAAUUUGAUUAUGGAAGUUUUGUACCGCCUUCUCCAUUCUACUAUCCUUCAGGAUACAGUAGAAUAUGUGCUGGUUGCAAUAGUGAAAUUGGCCAUGGAAGAUACUUGAGGUGCAUGGGAGCUGUUUGGCAUCCAGAAUGUUUCUGUUGUCAUGCUUGCAACCAAGCAAUAUCUGAUUAUGAGUUUUCCAUGUCUGAUAACCGUCCUUUCCAUAAAUCUUGCUACAAGGACAUGCACCAUCCCAAAUGUGAUGUUUGCAAGAAUUUUAUUCCCACGAAUGCUGCUGGGCUUAUAGAGUACAGAGCUCAUCCUUUCUGGCAUCAGAAGUACUGCCCUUCACAUGAACAUGAUGGAACACCCCGCUGCUGUAGCUGUGAAAGAAUGGAGCCUGUAGAUGCCAGAUAUCUAGUUCUUGAGGAUGGAAGGAAGCUCUGUCUCGAGUGUUUAGACUCAUCAAUAAUGGAUACACAUGAGUGCCAACCACUUUACCUUGAAAUACAAGAAUUUUACGAAGGUUUAAUGAUGAAAGUGGAGCAGCAAGUGCCAUUACUCUUGGUUGAGAGACAAGCACUGAAUGAAGCCAUGGAAGGAGAGAAAACUGGUCAUCACUUCAUGCCAGAGACGAGAGGCCUUUGCCUGUCAGAAGAACAAACUGUUAACACGAUACUGAGGCGACCCAAAAUAGGAGGACAUCGGAUAACAGGCAUGUUCCCUGAGCCUUACAAGCUCGUUCGAAAAUGUGAAGUAACAGCAAUUCUCAUUUUGUAUGGUUUGCCAAGGUUACUGACCGGGUCGAUCCUGGCUCAUGAAAUGAUGCAUGCAUGGCUCCGUCUUAGAGGUUACCCGAAUAUAAGUCCAGAAGUCGAAGAAGGUAUCUGCCAAGUGCUAGCUCACAUGUGGUUGGAUUCAGAGAUCAUUGCUGGCUCUGGUAGCAAUGCCGCUUCGUCAUCAUCUGCUCCCUCAACAUCAGCAUCCUCGUCCGGCUCUUCGAAGAAGGGUAAGAGGUCUGACUUCGAGAAAAAACUCGGUGAGUUCUUCAAACACCAGAUAGAAUCAGACAGUUCAGCAGCAUACGGAGACGGUUUCAGGGAAGGCAACAAGGCGGUGCUCAAAUACGGGCUGAGGAGCACUCUCGAUCACAUUCGGCUCACCGAGAGUUUUCCUUGUUAACUGGAUAGCUGAGCUCCAUUUGGUAUGGAAUUCUUGCUCUAUAUCUGCCUGUAUAUGCAUAUGUCUUGCAUAAUGGAUGCCAAAAAAUCAAAUGACUUUUUUAACUUUUAUUUUACUUACAAGCGCUAUAGAAUACAAAGGAAAGGAAAAAUAAGCCACCAAAUGUAAUUGUGCCGAAAUAAUUAUUUGUUCAUGUAUCAUCAAAUAAUUGUUAUGAGAAUCUAUUGGAAGUUAGUAUUUUUUAGGGUUUA